CAGGGCACAUGGAGAUCCUGGGGUGUCCAGGAGGAAGAUGACAAGACAGAAGCCCAGGUGGAGCUCUGAGGGGUAUCUAUCCUCAGUUGCUUGGCUGGCCCUGCCGUAGUACACCUAGUGUUUGAUCAUCUGGGAAGAUUGGUGACCUUUGGCUUUUGAAGCUGCACUGCAGGAGCAGCAGGCUCAUCCAGGGAGGAAAGCAAGCAGUCAUCCUCAGAGGGGAGACAGUCUCCAGGAGCAGAUGGGCUCACAGCGGUCCUAGCUACCUUGGAGAUUGGCGAUUUUCUAAAUCCAAAGGAGAAGUCCAGGAAGGGACCGUGAAUUCUCUUUUGAGUUUCAACUAACAGAAUAAAAGAGAGUUCAAGUAGAUAAAGACGUGGAAAGCUGGGAUGAAAUGAUUUUGAAGCCCAUCUGCGUCUGAAGCCAUGAUUUAAAUACCAUCAUUAAGAUUUCAACAAGAAAAACUUAAACUUCGUGGGAUUCCCACAUCAAAGAAAAGUUGCAAGUUUUCAGAAAGAGUUCUCAUUUGACAAUAAAGAAAAACUCACUUCCCACAAAAGUAGAUUCGAUGCUGAAAUUUUAACUACACUUCCUAAAGUUGCAGAAUUAAGAAAACUCUUUGAACCAAAGAAAGAACUUACAGAAAUGAAAAGAAAAGAGAGAAUUGCAAGGCGCCUGGAAGGGAUUGAAAAUGAAACCCAGCCCAUCCUCUUGCAGAGCUGCACAGGAUUAGUGACUCAUCGCCUGCUGGAGGAAGACACGCCCAGAUACAUGAGAGCCACAGACCCUGCCAGCCCCCACACUGGUCGAUCAAACGAAGAAGAAGAAACAUCUAAAUCUUCUUUAGAAAAGCAAAUUCAAUCCAAAUAUUGCACAGAAACCCCAGGGGUCCAUGGCGAUCCACCAUAUGGUUCAAGUACCAUGGACACCCACGGUCUCGAGUCCAAAGCUGAAAGAAUUGCAAGGUACAAAGCAGAAAGGAGACGUCAGUUGGCAGAAAAAUAUGGGCUGACUCUGGAUCCUGAUGCAGACUCUGAAUAUUCAUCUCGGUAUACCAAGUCUAGGAAGGACCCUGAUGCUGUUGAGAAACGGGGAGGAAAAUGUGAGAAGCAAGAAAAGCCAAGCAAAGAUUUGAGUUCUCCAUACUCCAGGACUGAGACCAUGGGGCUCAGGACCUGUGCAGUGGAAUCCAGGGACUAUGCCCUCCACAGAAGUGAGGUUUCUGAUAAGGAGGUGCUGCUAAAUAUAGAAAACCAAAGAGGAUGUCAGGAGCUGAGUGCCACCCGGCAGUCUCAAGACCUGUCCCCAACAGUUGAGAGUUCCUCAUCCUUCUCGUUCUCUGGGCGAGACUCCUCCUUCGCUGGGCGAGACUCCUGCUUUGCUGGGCGAGACUCCUCCUUCACUGAAGUGCCAAGGUCCCCAAAGCAAAUGUCCUGCUCCUCUCUUCAGCAACCUGCCUCCCUGAGCCACUCCAGUGGUGACCAGACACUGACCCCAGAGGCUCGGUCCAGCACAGGGAAGCUCAAACAUGAGUGGUUUCUCCAGAAAGAUUCUGAAGGGGACACACCUUCACUUAUCAACUGGCCUUCCAGCCAAUCACGGGUUGAGAAGUCAUCCGAAGGACUUGGCUUGCCUACCCGUAUGGAACGGGAGAGAGGGUCCCGGAAACCAAGACGCUAUUUUUCUCCUGGUGAAAGUAGAAAAACUUCUGAGCGAUUUAGAACUCAACCUAUAACCUCAGCAGAACGAAAGGAAUCGGAUAGGUAUACUUCAAGUUCAGAAAUGCCAACUGUUGAAGAUGAAGAAAAGGUAGAUGAACGAGCCAAACUGAGUGUUGCUGCCAAGAGGCUGCUUUUCAGGGAAAUGGAGAAAUCAUUUGAGGAACAAAAUGUCCCAAAAAGAUGCUCGAGAAACCCAGCCGUGGAGCAAAGGCUGCGCCGCCUGCAGGACAGGUCUCACACCCAGCCCAUAACCACUGAGGAAGUCGUCAUUGCCACCACAUUACAGGCAUCUGUUCACCAAAAGGCUUUAACCAGGGACGAGGCAAAUGAGGGCAAAGAUUCUGCUGAACCAGGAGAACCUGAUUCCUCCACUCUGAGCUUAGCAGAGAAGUUGGCCUUGUUUAACAAAUUGUCCCAGCCGGUCUCAAGAACUAUUUCUACCCAAAACAGAAUAGACAUGAGACAGAGGAGAAUGAAUGCCCGCUAUCAAACCCAACCCGUCACACUUGAAGAGGUGGAACAGGUGCAAAAUGGGAAACUCAUUCCCUUCUCACCUACUGUGAACACAUCUGUGUCCACCAUGGCCUCUACUGCCACCCCGAUGUAUGCAGGGGAUCUUCGGACAAAGCCAUCUGUUGAUGACAGUACAGAUACCACUGACUAUAAGUUUCCUUCUUCGAUAGAAAAUGCAGACUCUCCAAUAAAAGGCAUUCUGAAAUCACAAGCCUGGCAGCCUUUGGCGGAGGGUAGUGGGAGCAAAGGAGUGAUGAGAGAAUUUGGAGAGACAGAAAGCAAGAGAGCUUUGGCUGGAGACAGUGGUAUUAAGAAGUACGGGUCCUAUGAGGAAGCAGAACUCUCCUACCCUGUCGUUGGCAGAGUCAGGGAAGGGGAUAGCCAUAAGGACUCUAAAUACCCUGUUCCAAGGAAAGGAAGCCUGGAACUAGCCAACCCCUACAUCGCUCAUCUUGAUGAAGAACCAAAGGAAUUUUCUACUGCCAAAAGCAGUGCACAAAGAAAUCUGGACUUGAAAGACAGGCAGCCCUUUGAGGAAAAGGUGGACAUGGAGAAUGUCACAAAAAGGAAGUUUUCACUCAGAGCCUCAGAGUUCGGGGAGCCUGCUUCUGAGCAGACAGGGAUAGCUGCUGGGAAAACUGUUGCUCAAAUAGCAACCCCAGGGUCCUGGAAGCAGGAAGAUUCUUCAGAACAACUACAAGAGAAGUACUAUAAGAAUCCAUGCACCAUGUUUGCUGUAGGAGAGACCAAAGCGCCCAUGGAGGAAGGCAUCCUUGAUUCGCCUAGCAAAACCAUGUCAAUUAAAGAAAGAUUGGCACUGUUGAAGAAGAGUGGUGAGGAAGACUGGAAGAGCAGAAUUAACAGAAAGCAGGAAUAUGGCAAAGCAUCUGCCAGUGACAGCCUGCACAUCCAGGAAGUGGAACAGUCGCUGAAGAAGAAGUGGGUCACAGAAAGUCCAGAAAGCCAGAUGACGAUCGAGGAGAGGAAGCACCUCAUCUCUGUGCGGGAGGAGGCUUGGAAGACCAAGGGCAGGGGGGCCUCCAACGACUCCACCCAGUUCACUGUGGCCGGCAAAAUGGUGAAGAAAGGUUUAGCAUCACCUACGGCCAUAACUCCAGUAGCGUCCCCUAUUUGCAAUAAAUCAAGGGGUACUACACCAGUUACCAAACCCCAAGAAGAUAUUGAAGCCAGACCAGAUAUGCAGUUGGAAUCGGACUUGAAGUUGGACAAGCUGGAAACCUUUCUAAGGCGGCUGAAUAACAAAGUUGGUGGGAUGCAGGAAACAAUUCUCACCGUCACCCGUAAAUCUGUUAAGGAGGUGAUGAAGUUGGAUGAUGAUGAAACCUUUGCCAAAUUUUACCGCAGCGUGGAUUGUAAUACACCAAAAAGUCCUGUGGAGCUGCAGGAGGACUUUGAUGUUAUUUUUGAUCCUUUUGCACCCAAGUUGACGUCCUCCGUGGCUGAGCACAAGCGUGCUGUGAGACCCAAACGCCGAGUCCAGGCUUCCAAGAACCCCCUGAAAAUGCUGGCAGCGAGAGAGGAUCUCCUGCAGGAGUACACUGAGCAGAGGCUGAACGUCGCCUUCAUGGAGUCAAAGCGGAUGAAAGUAGAAAAGAUGUCCUCCAACUCCAACUUCACCGAGGCUACUCUGGCCGGCUUAGCCAGUAAGGAGAACUUCAGCAGCGUCAUCCUGCGGAACGUCAACCUGACGGAGCAGAAUUCUAACAACAGCGCGGUGCCCUAUAAGAAGCUGAUGUUGUUACAGAUCAAAGGAAGAAGACACGUUCAGACAAGGCUGGUAGAACCUCGCGCCUCGUCACUCAACAGUGGGGACUGCUUCCUUCUGCUCUCUCCCCAGUUCUGCUUCCUAUGGGUGGGAGAGUUCGCCAACGUCAUCGAGAAGGCAAAGGCUUCAGAACUCGCAACUUUAAUUCAGACAAAGAGGGAACUUGGUUGUAGAGCUACAUACAUCCAAACCUUAGAAGAAGGAAUUAAUACACACACUCACGCAGCCAAAGACUUCUGGAAGCUCCUAGGUGGCCAAACCAGUUACCAGUGUGCCGGAGACCCUAAAGAAGAUGAGCUGUAUGAGACAGCCAUUAUAGAAACAAACUGUAUUUACCGUUUGAUGGAUGACAAACUUGUUCCUGAUGAUAACUACUGGGGGAAAAUCCCAAAGUGCUCCCUUCUUCAACAAAAAGAGGUCCUGGUGUUUGACUUUGGUAGUGAAGUUUACGUGUGGCAUGGGAAAGAAGUCACCUUAGCACAGCGCAAAAUAGCAUUUCAGCUGGCAAAGCACUUGUGGAAUGGAACCUUCGACUAUGAGAAUUGUGACAUCAAUCCACUGGAUCCUGGAGAAUGCAAUCCACUUAUUCCCAGGAAAGGACAGGGGCGGCCUGAUUGGGCAAUAUUUGGGAGACUUACUGAACACAAUGAAACUAUUUUGUUCAAAGAGAAAUUUCUCGAUUGGACUGAACUGAAGAGACCUACUGAGAAGUGCGCUGGGGAUCUUGUCCAGCAGAAGGAAGACCCUAGGACUGACAUCAGGCCAUAUGAUGUCACGCGGAUGGUGGCAGUGCCCCAGAUGACAGCCGGCACCAUCCUGGAUGGGGUGAACAUUGGCCGUGGCUACGGCCUGGUGGAAGGGGACGACAGAAGGCACUUUGAGAUUGCCAGCAUCUCCGUGGAUGUCUGGCAUAUCCUAGAAUUCGACUACAGCAGGCUCCCCCGGCAGAGCAUCGGGCAGUUCCAUGAAGGUGACGCCUAUGUGGUCAAGUGGAAGUACAUGGUGAGCACCACAGUGGGAAGUCGACAAAAGGGAGAGCACUCGGCAAGAGUGACUGGCAAAGAGAAAUGUGUGUAUUUCUUCUGGCAAGGCCGGCAUUCAACUGUGAGUGAGAAGGGAACCUCAGCUCUGAUGACCGUGGAGCUGGACGAGGAAAGGGGGGCCCAGGUCCAGGUUCUGCAGGGAAAGGAGCCCCCCUGUUUUCUACAGUGUUUCCAGGGGGGGAUGGUGGUGCACUCAGGGAGACGGGAAGAGGAAGAAGAAAAUGCACAAAGUGAGUGGAGACUGUACUGUGUGCGUGGAGAAGUUCCCAUGGAAGGGAAUUUGCUGGAAGUGGCCUGUCACUGUAGCAGCCUGAGGUCCAGGACUUCCAUGGUUGUUCUCAACGUAAAUAAGGCCCUCAUUUACCUGUGGCACGGGUGCAAAGCGCAAGCCCACACGAAGGAGGUUGGAAGGACUGCAGCAAAUAAAAUCAAAGAACAAUGUCCCCUGGAGGCAGGAUUGCACAGUAGCAGCAAUGUGACAAUACAUGAGUGUGACGAAGGAUCUGAGCCACUGGGAUUCUGGGACGCUUUAGGAAGAAGAGAUAGGAAAGCCUACGACUGCAUGCUUCAAGAUCCUGGCAGCUUUAACUUCGCUCCCCGCCUGUUCAUCCUCAGCAGCUCCUCUGGAGAUUUCUCAGCCACGGAGUUUGUGUACCCCGCCAGUGCCCCCACUCUGAUCAGCUCCAUGCCCUUCCUGCAGGAAGAUCUGUACAGUGCCCCGCAACCAGCACUUUUCCUUGUUGACAAUCACCAUGAGGUGUACCUCUGGCAAGGCUGGUGGCCCAUCGAGAACAAGAUCACCGGGUCUGCCCGCAUCCGCUGGGCCUCUGACCGGAAGAGCGCCAUGGAGACCGUCCUCCAGUACUCCAGAGGAAAGAAUCUCAAGAAACCGCCCCCCAAGUCUUACCUUAUCCACGCUGGUCUGGAACCCCUGACGUUCACCAACAUGUUUCCCAGCUGGGAGCACAGGGAGGACAUUGCUGAGAUCACAGAAAUGGACAUGGAAGUUUCGAAUCAGAUCAUCCUUGUGGAAGAGGUUUUGGCCAAGCUCUGCAAAACCAUUUAUCCACUGGCUGAUCUCCUCGCCAGGCCACUCCCGGAAGGAGUGGAUCCUCUAAAGCUUGAGAUUUAUCUCACGGAUGAAGACUUUGAGUUUGCACUGGACAUGACAAGAGACGAAUACAACGCGCUGCCCACGUGGAAGCAGGUGAACCUCAAGAAAGCAAAAGGCCUGUUCUGAGUGGGAGAGGAACUGUGGUGGUCACUUUCAAUACCACUGGACCAGAAAAAAUGAAUAUUUUUUUGGACUGGUAUUUUUUUUUUUUUAAAGAAUAGUAUUUUUAAAACAAGAGUUUUUCAGAACCUGACCUUAUUAACUAUUCUGCGCAUCCCAGAGUUGUGCAUUUUGUAAAUGUUUAAGAGAACUCUUUGGAAACUACCUUUCCACAGUUCAGGGGUGAUGUCAAUAAAAGCAUCAGUCAUAAGCAGCGAGCGACUCCCCAGCAGCGGUUACAGCACUGCCCUCUUGGUCCAGCAAAAGCAUUGCCUUUUUUUGGUUCGUUUGUGUUUUUUUUUUUUUUUUUUGAAGCAGUUCUCUUUAUAAAGUGUUAUUUUGAUAGUUUGUGGAUUCUAAAAUAUAUAUAUUUAUAUAAACACCGUAUAAAUCAAUAUGUAUUUAACAAAGCAAUAUGUAUUCAUUCACUUUUCUGUUGUUGUUGUUUUUUGGUGUCAAAAUAUUAUUAAAAGGUAGAUGGAGUUGCUUCUGUUGAAUUAGGUCUGCCACCCAUCUGUAUGCUCACGUGCGAUCAGAAGCCUUCCUUCGGCGUUAGUCUGACUUGUUCUGAGUACUGCUUCCGGUGCUAAAACGAACAAAGCAUUUGUACUUAAGAGCAUGGACUUUGGCGAGUCUGUGUGAAACCAACCUUUCUACCUUAAUAUCUCCCCCAAAAUGUAUAGUGCCUUGAUUUAUGUACAGUUUAUAUACAGAAAUGUUUGCUCUGCAUUUUUUUUUGAUGAUGGUUUGGAACAUUAUUUACAGUUUUACUCUCAAAUAGUAGAAAUAAAAACAUCUCAGUUUCUAAUAACUAUUGUAAACAUUACACAUGUCAUUUUGUGACAGGACUCCCAAAUAAAGACUUCAGGAUAAUCACAACAAUUAA